UUUUCCUUCAAUCUUCUUUCUUUUCAAACAAAACAAGCAGACAUGCAUUCGGUGAUUGCCCACGCUGAUGCGUUGCUCGCGUUUGUCUACUUGGCGAUUGUCGGUCUCGUCGUGUACGCAGCCACGGGUCCCUUGAGCGACGCCAACUUCUGGGCUUCCUACACACAAGACCCUGGUCCAUGGUGCGAGCGGGAUCGCUCGCGAGCAUUUGUGCGAGAACCAAGCAACGCGUUCACUGACUUUUCGUUCUUGGCGGCUGGCAUCUGCAUGAUUGCGUGUGCCGCACGAGACCUCAAGCACCUGCGUUCGCACGGAUUGGAAUCACAACAGGCGAAUCCGCUCGGUGGCACGACACAAGCCUCUUCCGUCAACAAGGCGCGACCCUUGAACUUGAUUCGCGCCAAUCCCAUUCUUUCCGUUGUGUUUGGAGUCAUCAACAUUGUGCAUGCAGUCGGAACCUUUACUAAUCACUCGUGCCGUUGCCUUGAAGGUCACAUUCUUGAUGUCGCUGGCAUGUAUUCCGUCAUCUACCUAUUCCUGUGUCUCAGUGCCCUCAAGUACAUUCACGGCGCUGUGGUGCUGGCAGCCAAAGAGAAGCCGCUGACCUUGAGCGAUGCGACGUUGCCCGACCGCGCAAUUGCUGCGUUUCUGCUUUGCCUCGCGGCUGGAGUGUUUGGCCUCUACCAGAUUUCACAACUUCCGUAUUCGGAUGCUCGCACUGCCCCACGGGAGACACUGACAGUCGCUUCCAUGGUUAUUGUUGCAUUGAUUCUGCAUGCCGCAUAUGCGCAUGCUGUUCGCUCGCGCAUUGCAUCUCAACCUCGACUGAUUGUGAUUGCCGUCUUGCUCCUCAUCGCCGCUUUUGGUUUGCACCAGAUGGAUAUUGCUCGCAUUCUUUGCAAUCCAGACAGCCUGUUCCAAGGGCACGCAGCAUGGCACGUCAUGACCUGUGGUUCGCUGUCGCUCGUGUACAGUUAUCAUCGCAAUGAGCGAUGGCGCACAUCUGAGACCUCUCAGUAGCUCGCAGCCGACAAAAGUGCAUAGAGCUGGGCUCUGCUCGAUGUUUGCAAAAUUGUAUAUUACACCGUGAUUGAAAGAGGAAACUGAAGAGGAAACUGAAAC